AACAGGAAGCCAGGAGGAGGCACAUGGCAAUUUCUGGCUCGCCCCCCUGGCUCUGUGGUUGGUGCUGCUCCUCCCUGGAAAAGAGAAAGGAGCCCCCCAGGAGGACCCGUGCAAUAGUGGGGUGCCGCAGAGAAGACCCACUCCUUGUAACCCUCCGCAGGUUGUUUCUAACCGAGUUGUCAUCAGUGGACUUACGCUGCCAGGUGGCAGAUUUGUCGGCAUCCAGAUGGCUUCCUUGAUUUGUCCUGAGACCAUCAGCAGGGUCAGCUCCGUCCUUAACCGAGAGGUAAAGCAGUUUGGGAAGAAGUACAUGUUUGAUGGGAACGAAGAGACCUGCUGGAACUCGGACCAGGGCACCAUCCAGUGGUUGACGCUGGAAUUUCCACAGCCCGUCCAGGUUUCCCAAAUCCAGAUUCAAUUCCAGGGAGGCUUUACCAGUCAGAAAUGCACGUUACAAGGUUGCAGGAAAGGAGAGGAGCUUUCUCCAGUUACUUCCUUCUAUCCUGAAGAUACCAACUCCCUCCAGAACUUCCUCCUCCCCGAAACAACAUUGGAUAAACUGAAGAUCACCUUUGAAAACAGCACAGAUUUCUUUGGACGAAUUAUCAUCUACUCCCUCGAUAUUCUUGGGGGAAAGCUUUGAUGCAGAAGGGAAGCAACUUUAAACACAGCUGUGGCCAGUUCUCCAUUUCGAUGGCUGUCCAAGAACUUCCCACACGUCCCAAGGUGACAUUCCCAAAAUACGUUUUGGGUCUUGAUGUCCAGACAGCCCUACUCCAUUUCCACACAGCUGAAUUCAGGACAGUGUAUAUCUGCCAGAUUUCCCCCUUUUUCUUCCACCAUUUCUUUUGUGGACCAUUUCUCUCUCCUACGGGCAAAGUAACGUGUGGACUUCAUUCAAACAGCCACCUGGGCUCAUUUUAUGGAGCCGAAUCUGAAAAGAUGGGAGUCUUUUCCUUGUAUCCGCACUUCAGCAUGCCUUCCGAAAAUAAACGAGUUUUCAAGUA